AGGCAAGGAUGGUCGCUGUUACUUUGUGAUGAGAUCGGGAAUGAAUUGCUCGCUUUAAAAAUGCUGCUUUGGAUUCUGUUGCUGGAGACGUCUCUUUGUUUUGCCGCUGGAAACGUUACAGGGGACGUUUGUAAAGAGAAGAUCUGUUCCUGCAAUGAGAUAGAAGGGGACCUGCACGUAGACUGUGAAAAAAAGGGCUUUACAAGUCUGCAGCGUUUCACCGCCCCGACUUCCCAGUUUUACCAUCUAUUUCUGCAUGGUAAUUCCCUCACUCGACUUUUCCCUAAUGAGUUUGCUAACUUUUAUAAUGCGGUUAGUUUGCACAUGGAAAACAAUGGCUUGCAUGAAAUCGUUCCUGGGGCUUUUCUGGGGCUGCAGCUGGUGAAAAGGCUGCACAUCAACAACAACAAGAUCAAAUCUUUUCGAAAGCAGACUUUUCUGGGUCUGGACGAUCUGGAAUACCUCCAGGCCGAUUUUAAUUUAUUACGGGAUAUAGACCCGGGGGCCUUCCAGGACUUGAACAAGCUGGAGGUACUCAUUUUAAAUGACAAUCUCAUCAGCACCCUACCUGCCAACGUGUUCCAGUAUGUGCCCAUCACCCACCUCGACCUCCGGGGAAACAGGCUGAAAACGCUGCCCUAUGAGGAGGUCUUGGAGCAAAUCCCUGGCAUUGCUGAGAUCCUGCUAGAGGAUAACCCGUGGGACUGCACCUGUGAUCUCCUCUCCCUGAAAGAAUGGCUGGAAAACAUUCCCAAAAAUGCUCUGAUCGGCCGAGUUGUCUGUGAAGCCCCCACCAGACUGCAGGGGAAAGACCUCAAUGAAACCACAGAACAGGACUUGUGUCCUUUGAAAAACAGAGUGGAUUCCAGUCUCCCGGCGCCCCCUGCCCAAGAAGAGACCUUCGCUCCUGGCCCCCUGCCAACUCCUUUCAAGACAAAUGGGCAAGAGGAUCAUGCCACCCCAGGGUCUGCUCCAAAUGGAGGUACAAAGAUCCCAGGCAACUGGCAGAUCAAAAUAAGACCCACUGCUGCGAUAGCGACCGGCGGCGCCAGAAACAAGCCCCAAACCAAUGGCUUGCCUUGCCCUGGGGGCUGCAGCUGCGACCACAUCCCAGGGUCGGGUUUAAAGAUGAACUGCAACAACCGGAACGUGAGCAGCUUGGCUGAUUUGAAGCCCAAGCUUUCCAAUGUGCAGGAGCUUUUCCUUCGAGAUAACAAGAUACAUAGCAUCCGAAAAUCGCACUUUGUGGAUUACAAGAAUCUCAUUCUGUUAGACCUCGGCAACAACAACAUUGCCACCGUAGAGAACAACACUUUUAAGAACCUUUUGGACCUCAGGUGGCUGUAUAUGGAUAGCAAUUACCUGGACACGCUGUCCCGGGAGAAAUUCGCCGGGCUGCAAAACCUCGAGUACCUGAACGUGGAGUACAAUGCAAUCCAGCUCAUCCUUCCUGGCACCUUCAAUGCCAUGCCCAAACUAAGGAUCCUCAUUCUCAACAACAACUUGCUGAGGUCCCUGCCCGUGGACGUGUUCGCUGGGGUCUCACUCUCUAAGCUUAGUCUGCACAACAAUUAUUUCAUGUACCUUCCAGUGGCAGGGGUACUGGACCAGUUAACCUCCAUCAUCCAGAUAGACCUGCACGGAAACCCUUGGGAGUGCUCCUGCACCAUUGUGCCUUUUAAGCAAUGGGCAGAACGCCUGGGUUCCGAAGUGCUGAUGAGCGACCUCAAGUGUGAGACGCCGGUGAACUUCUUUAGGAAGGAUUUCAUGCUCCUCUCCAAUGACGAGAUCUGCCCCCAGCUGUACGCGAGGAUCUCGCCCACGCUAACUUCGCACAGUAAAAACAGCACUGGGUUGGCGGAGACCGGGACGCACUCCAACUCCUAUCUAGACACCAGCAGGGUGUCCAUCUCGGUGUUGGUCCCGGGACUGCUGCUGGUGUUUGUCACCUCCGCCUUCACUGUAGUGGGCAUGCUCGUGUUUAUCCUGAGGAAUAGAAAACGAUCUAAGAGAAGGGACGCCAACUCCUCGGCGUCCGAAAUUAAUUCCCUACAGACAGUCUGUGACUCUUCCUACUGGCACAAUGGGCCUUACAACGCAGAUGGGGCCCACAGAGUAUAUGACUGUGGCUCCCACUCACUCUCAGACUAAGACCCCAACCCGGGUAGAGCAGGGGAGCGGGAAGGCGAUGCGCCCCCUCCCCCCCCCCACCCCACCCCACCAAUCCCCUACCCGGCUGGCAUCCCAGGGGUCAGAGGAGCCCAGACCCAAGUCCAGCGCGCCCCAAGGCUUUAUGGACAUAAGUAAAUAAAUAACUGUGAACUCGCUCCG